AUGGAGAUUGAUGGUGUAAGCGAUGUCCAGAUUUUGGAUCCUGAGCUCUUGCAGCUUCCGGGUUUGUCUCCUUUAUCGGUUAAAGCAAACCCUCAUAUCGCUGAGGAACUCUUCUCCCAGUGGCUUUCACUCCCUGAAACUGGCCGAUUGGUCAAGUCUUUGAUUGAGGAUACUAAAUCUAGUACCCCAGUCAGUGUAUCCAAGAACUGUGCCAAUCUCAAUAUUGCUUGCGGAAGUGCAUUGCCAUCUGUGUUUCUGAACAGCGGCACUCCCCCACUAUCCCCACGAGGCUCUUCUGGGUCUCCUCGUUUCUCGAGGCAGAAGACAAGCCCUUCUUCUCUACAGUCUCCUCUGAAAUCAGUCAGGGAACCUAAGCGCCAGCUCAUCCCUCAGUUUUACUUCCAACAUGGGCGUCCGCCUGCGAAAGAACUAAAGGAGCAGUGUAUAUCCAUGAUUGAUCAUUUUUUUAGUAACUAUAUUGACGGACUUCGUAUGGAUGAAUUCAAAUCCAUUACGAAAGAAGUCUGCAAGCUGCCUUCUUUUCUUUCUUCUGUGCUUUUUGGAAAGAUAGAUACGAGUUGCACCGGUAUUGUUACAAGGGAUGCAUUUAUCAAGUAUUGGGUUGAUGGACAUAUGUUGGCAAUGGAUGUAGCCACACAGAUAUAUAAUAUUUUAAGGCAGCCAGGCUGCAAGUACCUCAGACAGGCUGACUUCAAACCAGUUCUUGAUGAGCUUCUCGUAACUCAUCCUGGCUUGGAAUUCCUGCGGAAUACACCUGAAUUUCAAGAAAGAUAUGCUGAGACUGUCAUCUACAGAAUAUUUUACUACAUAAACAGAUCGGGAACCGGUUGCAUUACUCUUAGAGAGCUGAAGCGUGGGAAUCUUAUUGCUGCCAUGCAACAAGUUGAUGAAGAAGACGACAUCAAUAAAGUUAUUAGGUACUUCUCCUAUGAGCAUUUCUACGUUAUAUACUGUCGGUUUUGGGAACUCGAUGGCGACCAUGAUUUCCUUAUUGACAAGGAAAAUCUCAUCAAGUAUGGUAAUCAUGCCCUUACCUACAGGAUCGUCGACAGAAUAUUUUCACAGGUCCCCAGGAAAUUUACGAGCAAGGUUGUGGGGAAGAUGAGUUAUGAAGAUUUUGCAUACUUCAUACUCGCUGAGGAGGAUAAGUCAUCCGAGCCUAGCCUCGAGUAUUGGUUCAAGUGCAUAGACCUGGAUGGAGAUGGGGUGAUCAAUCCAAACGAAAUGCAGUUUUUCUACGAAGAGCAGCUGCAUCGCAUGGAAUGCAUAACCCAGGAACCUGUACUCUUUGAGGAUAUCCUAUGUCAGAUAUUCGACAUGGUUAAACCAGAGAAGGAGAACUGCAUCACGCUCCAGGACCUGAAAGGAUCUAAACUUUCUGGAAAUGUUUUCAAUAUACUCUUUAACCUGAACAAAUUCAUGGCUUUUGAAACUCGUGACCCUUUCCUCAUUCGCCAGGAACGCGAGAAUCCAACAUUGACAGAAUGGGACCGAUUUGCUCAGAGAGAGUAUGUGAGGUUAUCAAUGGAGGAAGAUGUGGAGGAAGUCUCGAAUGGGAGUGCCGAUGUUUGGGAUGAACCACUCGAAUCUCCAUUUUAG